GGUCCUGAGCAAUAAUUUCAGCUGCUGUAGUUCAGUGUCGCUUCUACUUUGCAUAUGAUAUCACAGGAAAACAGAAGCAGAAGAGAGAAAUCGAGGAUCCUGGUGCCAGAAGCCAUUUUGAAGCUACAGAGAUAAGCAAGUUUAAACAGGAACGUGUCUUUCACACCAGGAUGGGAGUUUUCAAGUCUAAACAGUUAAAAAAGACUCCUCAGGUUGUCCUCAUGGGUCUGGAUUCAGCUGGAAAAUCCACUUUGUUGUACAGACAGCAGAAGGGAGUGCUGAUGGACACCUCUCCUACCGUGGGCUUUAAUGUUGCAACUGUAGAGCUGAACAAGAAGACCUCACUGACCGUGUGGGACGUUGGGGGACAGGGGACUAUGAGGCCCAAUUGGAGACACUACCUGGAGGGAUGUAAAGUACUGGUGUUUGUGGUGGACAGCAGUGAUCAUGCCAGGAUGGGAGAGGCUAAGAAAGCCCUGAAGAAGAUUCUGAGUGAUGAGCAUUUGAAAGGAGUUCCUCUGAUGGUGCUGGCCAACAAAAAAGAUCUGCCAAACUCUAUGACUAUUAGAGACGUGUCGACGUUGCUGGAACUGGAUAGUUACACAGAUCGGGUUUGGGAGAUCCAAGCUUGCAGCGCCAUGAUGGGACUGGGUCUUCAACAAGCCUUUCUCUCUAUAGCUAAACUACUACAUAAAGUGUAAGGAAGGUACUAUCUCACUAUCUAAGGAAAAUCUCUUCUUUUUUAAAAAAACUGGAAGCUCAGAACGCAAAGUAAAGAGGUUUGAUCAUGGCACUAUCACACUAAAAUCACACCAAGAAUGGAGAGGAAAGAUGACUUACUGAUUUAAUGAAUGUACUUGUUCACAGUUUUUGUAUAUCCUCUAAAUAUUAUGUUUUUUUUUUUACUUGUCUUCAUGUUCUGCACUGUGUCUAUAUAUAUGUGUGUGUGUAAUUUAAUGCCCUGUUCAUGUGUCUCCUGUAGUGCAGAUUGUCACAAAUGUUGAUGAGAAUCCUGUGAUACUGUACAUAAUUUUUUAAUAAUAAUAAAUAAAAUGAGCGCAAUUCAUAGAAACGAGGUGCUUUUUAAAUGCAAUUUCAUUCUCAAAAGGGGAACCCUUAAUGCAUUAACUAACAUAUAAGCACUGUAUUUCAUUUGUUUACACUAGAUAAUACAAAUUAAACAUUGCUAGUUCAUGCCAACUAAAUUAAAUAUUAACAGGUACAACAUUUGGUUUUAUUAAUGUAUUAGUAAAUGAUUAAUUAACAUCUUAGGCAUGUUCAGACAUGUUAACUGAUGUAAAAAACAAUGAUCUAUAAAACUGAUCUAUAAAAUAAUGAAAUUGCAUUAUUAUUUACACAUGAAGCAGUGGUGAAAUUGCAAUGCCUAAAUUGUAUGAAGUUAGUAUCUGAAAUUACAAAGAUAAAGUAAUUCCUUAAACUUAUUUCUUGGUCAGACCUGUAUAUGGUCAAAAUACAGCAGGAAAAUAAUUAUGCUGCCAUAACUUGGCAAGAAAACAGCUCAAUACCACAAUCUGUGUAAAAAGAAACAUAAUUCACCCUUAUAUUAAGGAGAAGCAAACAAGUGUGAUUUGGUAAGGAGGAUUAGCAGGGAAACAUGGCCCUAGAAAGGUGUAAAAGAGCUACUGCGACAUAAGGGAUUCAGUUUUAGAUUGUCAUAGACAGGAAUCCAGAUAGCACAACAAAAAGUAUGCUAUGAGUCAGUAGUUUGUGUGAGCUUCCUUUGUGUCUUUACCACUGCAAUUAUGCAAAGAUAACGAGCGUUCCUUUGUGUACCCAAUAAACGUGUAUAAUACUCAAA